AUGGAGCAACCACAACCUCCCCCGCCGCCUUUGAAGCGGCUCCCUAGCUUGAAAAUCACCAGCAGUUUAUCUGGAGUUUCCAUCACCGCCGCCAGCCCGUCGGCAAUCACCACAAGUACUGCCAACCAGCCCUCUAUGUCGCCAGCGCCGCAAACACCUUCUGGCGGCCCGAUGAAGAUCAAGAUACUGACAAAAUCUCAACCUUCUACACCCGCCGACGGGAACCCGCCCCAUCUCGCAUCCCGGCCUCUUCAAACAGUCACAGAUGGCGCCGCCGCCACAGCACCCGCCGUUCCGACCAUCCAAACGACCAAAGCAGGGCGGCUUCCCAAGCCGUCAGCGAAAAAGCGGGCUAGAGACCAGAGCGAUGACGAUGACGAUGAUGUCCCCCUUGCCAAUGGCACCACCCUGCAACCUCAGGCCAAGAAAACCAAGAUCACCCUCAAGCCCCCGACGCCCGGUCUCAUCCGACAGCCGACGCUCAAAGUAAAACCGGUAGGGAAGGUCCCCCAGCGGCCGCUCGGCGAGGGGUACGAUUCGGAGGCCGAAGAUCGCGAGGUGGAUCCGGUCAUCGAGGAGCAGUUCCUCUUCCGCAUGAUGCCCGGUGAGCAUUGCGAGUACCUAAGGAAAGCCAUACAAGAGAGAAAGAUUGGCGUCUCUAGAGCCCAGGGAGGCGCAGAUGUACAGAUGAAGUUUCUGGACGAAGAGGGCCGACGGGUCUUCCUCAUAAUCAAUGGCCAGCCUUUUGCCGGUAUUCUUCUGGAUCUCCCCACCAUCACGGAGGGCAUGAAAACGUGGGACAAGAAGUCAAUGGUCAAGUCCGCCGAUAUUUGCCAGAUGCUGCUGGUGUUUGCCCAAGUCCAGAGCGAAGAGGAGGCCAAGACGGCGCCGCUGCCCAAGGCGGUCGAGCACGGGCACCGAUGGCCUCACGGUAUCACACCCCCGAUGCACGACGCCAGGAACCGCCGGUUUCGCAAGCGUCUCAGCAAGCUGGAAAUCAAGAAUAAGGAGGCUGAAGUGGAGCGGCUCCUUGCGGCCGAUCGUGAAGCCGUGAGCGUCAGGACGGAGUGGAUCGACAACAAGCGGGAUGCCGCCGAGGCCGAAGACGGCGAGGAGUACGAGGAGUACGAAGAGGACGCUGAGGGCGAGAUGGAGGAUUACUUUGGCGACGCGGAUGCGGACCAACAGCUCGAGGAAGAAUUCGAGGUUGACGAUGCGGCCCUCGAAGCUGAGUUCCUGGACGCAGUCGAAACGCCAGCAGAGGCUAUGGAUCCGGCCACUCAAGCGGCGGCGCUCGAUGCCAUCACCCCUGUUACGGCCAACACGGGCACCCCCGUGGCCCACACCGAGGAGGAGGAAGCGGACGGCGGGGAGGAAGAGGAGUCGGGAGACGAGGAGGAGGAGGACGAGGAAGGUGAUGACGAUGAAGGGGAUGACGACGGCGACGACCACGACGAGAUUGCUGGCAUUCGCCACGAGAUCGCCGACCUCAAGAAGCAGCUCAAGAUGUACGAGGAGCAGCUGGCCAACUCGGUCCAGCCAAUCAUGCGGAAACGCAUCGAGGGCAACAUCAAGAACGUCAAGUCAGAGAUAUUACUCAAGAUGUCUGCCAUUGGUGAGGCAGAAGAGGAUUAG